AUGGCUUCGGCACCACCAAACAACCUCGAGGUGCCCCGCGAACAACCGGGUUGGGCAACCUCGACCACAUCAACCCUCGCCGGUGACGACCACGCCCUCGAGAAAAAUGUUCCCUACGCCAGCUCUGUUGGCGUCGGUGGCGACGGCAAGACGGAGCUUGACAGUGAAAAAGCUGUAGCGCAGCCUGGCGAGCCGAGUGAAGAUGAAUACCCUUCCGGCACCAAGCUCGCCUUUAUCGUCGUCGCCCUCGUCCUCGCCAUUUUCCUCCUCGCUCUCGACAUGACCAUUGUCGCUACUGCCAUUCCCAAAAUCACAGAAGAGUUUCAAGGUUUGGACAAGGUCGGUUGGUACGGCGCCGCCUUCUUCAUGACUGUUGGCGCUUUCCAGUCCACCUGGGGUAAAAUCUACAAGUAUUUCCCGCUCAAAGCCUCCUUUCUCAUUGCCAUUCUCAUCUUCGAGGUUGGCUCCGUCAUUUGCGGCGCCGCCCCCAACGCCGAGGCUCUCAUCACGGGCCGUGCCAUUGCCGGUCUUGGCGCGGCGGGACUCGGAGCCGGCGCCUACACCAUCAUUGCCUUUUCCGCGCCGCCCAAGAAGCGACCCGCCUUUACCGGCAUCCUCGGCGCCUCGUACGGCCUGGCCAGCGUCAUUGGCCCCUUGCUGGGCGGCGCUUUUACCGACAAUGUCUCUUGGCGCUGGUGCUUCUACAUUAACCUGCCCAUCGGUGCCGUUUCCGCCGGCGUCAUCUUUCUCUUCUUUCAGACUCCUCGCGCGGCGGUCCCGGAACAGGCCCCCCUCAAGGAAAAAAUUCUGCAGACGGACCCUCUGGGCGUCGUUCUCAUGAUGGGUGCCACCAUUACCUACAUCCUCGCUGUCCAGUAUGGCGGAUCUGCCCACGCCUGGAACUCUUCGACCGUCAUUGGUCUGCUUGUCGGCUUUGUCGCCAUCAUCGGUGCUUGGGUCGCACUUCAGUACUUUCAGGGUGAGCGAUCCAUGGUGUCGCCUCACCUCGUCAAGAACCGCGCCCUCGUCGUCGCCAUGAUUUACAGCUUCAUCUUUGCCGGCGGCUUCUUCGCCGCCAUCUACUAUAUCCCAGUGUACUUUCAGUCAGUGCACAACGCCAGCCCGACUAUGAGCGGCGUGCGCAACCUGCCCUUCAUCAUUGCAGUCACUAUUGCUACCAUUGCUAGCGGUGCCAUUGUGUCUGCUACCGGCUACUACCAGCCUCUUCUCAUCGGCGGCGGUGCCGUCGCCACCAUCGGCGCGGGACUGCUCUUCCUCUUCAACGUCAACACCUCAACCGGCACCUGGAUUGGCUACCAGAUCGUCGCCGGCGCCGGCUGGGGCGCUGCCUUUCAGGUUCCCAUGAUUAUUGUCCAGGGUACGGUCGAGGCCAAGGAUCUCGCCUCCGCUACCGGGAUGCUCCUGUUCUUCCAGGGCCUCGGCGGAGCUUUCCUCGUCUCCGCUGCCCAGUCUGCCUUCCUGAACCAGAUGGUCAGCUAUGUUGUGCGACACGCCCCCGAAAUUGACAAGGGCACUCUCAUCCUGACUGGCGCCACCAACAUUCGACAAGCUUUCCCUGCCGACCAGAUCCCCGUCGUCAUUGACGGGUACAUGCACGGUCUCAAGGUUGUCUUUGCACUCUGCAUUGCGGCUACUGGCGUGGCCACCCUGGUCAGUCUCUUUACUCGCUGGACGAAGCUCAAGCAGGGCGCUGGUGCUGGUGGUAUGGCCUAG